AUGGUCAGUCCUCAAGAGCAGAAGACUAUCAACGCCCUCCAGCAGAACUGGGUCUGGCUCCCCAACUGGAUUGACUCGCCCACUCCCCCAUCCACCUCUGCCGCCCGCCUCGUCUCUUUCCGCCGCUCCCUCAACCUCACCUCCAUUCCCACGUCAGCUAUCCUGCACUUCUCCGCCGACACACGCUACAAACUCUUCAUCAACGGCCAACACGUUGCUGUCGGACCAACGAAAGGGCAAGCGGCUAUAUGGUACUACGACACCCUCGACAUUGCUCCGUAUGUGAGAGAGGGAGAGAAUGAGCUGGAGUUCCGGGUUAUCAGGUAUUUUGCGAGGUCGCGCGGGGGGAUGCCUUUUGAACGUACGGCUUUCCCUGGACUGACCGUCGUCGGCUCUGUCGGUGGGACGGAUGUUGGGAGUAAAGAGGGGUGGGUGGGGUAUGUCGAUGAGGGAACAGAGUUUCCGACUGGUUUGGUAGAUGAUGUCUUCCUACACAUCAACGAACGUACAUCCCCUCACCCUGCUCCCGAGCCUCAAACUCCAGUGGCGUACGGCUUCAUGCUCGUCAACGGCGAACUCCCUCCAUGGCGUCUCCUCCCUCGCCCCAUCCCCAUGCCCGAAUCGACCCCAGUCAACGUUCAGACCAUCCAUGCUUGCAACAGCGACAAGGCCUCUUCCGAAUGGGCGUCUUUCCUCGACGGGUCUUCGUCUUUGACGCUACCAGGAGAGAGUGAGCACGAGCUUGAUAUCCAAGCGGACGUCCAUUCUACCGCUUUUUUGCGCCUCUCUCUAGUCGCACCUGAGGAUACAAAGGUCAUGCUCAAGAUCAACUAUUCGGAAGGGUACGAGCUCGACCCCAGGCAAUACCCUUGGCUGCGUACCAAAGGUGAUAGGCUCGACCCAUCGGGGCAUCUCCUCGGGCCUUAUGACGAGGUAGAGCUGGAGUUGUCAGCCGGGAAAGAGUUCGUCUGGGAACCGUUUUGGUUUAGGACGUUCAUGCUGCUUCGCUUCCAUAUCACCACCUCCUCCUCGCCUAUCACUUUACUCUCAUUGAAAGCUGAUCAAGUCAACUACCCUAUGAACACCAAAGCGAGCUGGAAGGAAGACAGGAUAGAAGGAAAGGAAAGGGAGAAGAUGUGGGAGGUUUCAAAGAGGACGUUGAGGAAUUGUAUGUUUGAUGGGUAUUCGGAUUGUCCGUUCUACGAGCAGCUCCAGUAUUCUGGCGACUCUCGCUCGGUCGCUCUGUUUCACUACCUCCUCUCCGGCGACGACCGUCUCAUGCGUCAAGCCAUCACCAACUUCUCCACCUCCAUCACCUCCGAAGGCCUCACCCAAUCCCGCUUCCCAUCCCACGUCCCUCAAGUCAUCGCUGCCUUCUCCCUCUACUGGGUCUUGACAGUAGCGGACCAUCAUCUUUGGUUUGGAGAUACGCCAUUUGCGAGGGGGUUUAUACCCAAGGUGGAUGGGGUGUUGGAGUAUUUUGAGAGGCAUGUGGAUGGGAGGGGGUUGGUGGGGGGGAUAGAGGAGGAUGUGUGGCAGUAUUGCGAUUGGGUGACGACUUGGUCUGCUACGGCGGAGCAUCCGGAUAAGGGCGUACCCACUUCCGGCCGCAAGUCUAAUCGACACACUUACCUCUCUCUUCUCUAUGUUUAUGUGCUGCAAGAAGCUGCAAAGCUUUUGCGGGACGUUGGAAGGCCGGGCAAUGCGGGAGAGUACGAGGAAAGGGCAGAGAGGGUGAGAGCGGCGGUCAACCAACAUUGUUUCGAUGGAGAGUUUUAUACAGACUCGACGUCGGAUAUAGCAGACGACCAGGCAUACUCUCAGCACUGCCAAAUAUUCGCCAUCCUCUCCAACACCUGCCCUCCCUCAUCUGCCGCCUCCCUCCUCUCCCGCACCUUCGACAACCCAAAGAGGGACUUUAGCAAGUGCUCCUACGUCAUGAUCUUCUACGCCCUCCGCGCCCACGCUCAAGCCGGGCCCGAGAGCUAUGAGCGAUAUUGGAGAGAAGUGUGGAGGCCGUGGAGGAAGAUGUUGGGGAGCAAUUUGACGACGUGGGAGGAGGAUGAUGUGAGGCAGAGGAGCGAUUGUCAUGCGUGGGGGGCGGUGCCGGUGUGGGAGUUUUGUACCGAGCUAGCAGGGGUCAAGCCGGUCGCUCCGGGGUGUCGGGAGAUAAGGUGGGAGCCGAGGGUGGGGUUGAGUGAGGGGUUGGAAGCGAAGGUUUGUUUGGGGAAGGGGAAUGUGGCCAGGGUGAUUUUUAGGACGGAGGGAGAGGGAAGGGUUGUUAGGUUGGAGUUGGAGAAGGCGAUGAAGGUUAAGAGUGUGAUUGAGGGGGUGGAGAGGGAGCAUGGGGUUGUCAAAGAGCUCGAGUUUAGGGUGGAUGUUUGA